UUGCCAUCUAAAACACCCUAAGGUACUGCCACGCGUAAAGAGAGGCAUGACACUAUUCCGAAAAGGAAGUAACCGUAAUCAAACACUCGACUCUGACUCUAAAUACUAUCACCACCCCUGAGGGGGGAUAAACCGCUAACGCCUAGGGCAUUAUCGCAAAGCGUGUUACGGCAUGUCAGCACGUGACGUUAAAUCCUGUCACCACCCCUGGUGGGGAACCAACGAUAUAGCCAGAGAAGAUCAGCAGCGAGAGGGAACUACAUCAUCGCAAUCAUGAUACACAGGAAUUCUAAGUCAGGAUUUGUGUUCCAACUGCUUGUUAUCUGGGCUUCACAUGGACUUGCGCAUGGAGUUUUUAUUCUGCGGUUUGUGAAGAGUCCCCCACGAGUGACACAAGUUCCAGAAAGAUCUGUUGCUAUCCUUCCCUGUGCUGCGGAGUCCAUCUUGCAACCACUUACAUACAAAUGGCUUCUUAACGGUCAGCUGCUGUCGAUCAGAUCAAAUGGAAACUACACAUGGCAAGGUUACCAAGGAAACCUGCUUAUACCCAGUCUCCGCCAGAAUAGUCUCAAUGACGGCGGUUUGUUUCAAUGCACUGCAAGUAAUUCCUUGGGGUCGAUACUGGGGCCUAUUUCUGUACUGAGAGUCGCUUAUCUCGAACCGUACGAAGGACAAGCUAUCUUAAAAGGAUACUCCAAAUACACAUUCGAGUCAUUCUGCUUGGACCCGCCCCUCGUGACAAGCGUUCCUAUGGCAACUGUCACGUGGUCAAGGGUCACUGGUAGCGUCAUCCAUGAUGGGGACAAGUUGGGAAGAGUGCUGAUAGCGUCAGGCGGUCACCUCUGUGUCCUGGCCGCGGAUAACACGGACAUAGACAUGUACACGUGCACCUUGAAUAACCCCGUCACCCAACAAUCAUUUUCGAUAAAACACAGCGUGGCUUUAGUAGGGAUGUCGACAAGUCAAAAGCUGUCGUUUCUCAAGCGCCCGCGUGACGCCCAAGUGGUCGAAGGACGUGACCAGUUCGUGGUGUUUGAGUGUAUCAUGUCCUGGGAAGUGGAAUACUUAGGGAACUAUACCUACAACGGCUAUUAUUUUCCAGUUAAACCCAAGAUCUCGUGGUACAAAGGGAACAACGUGUUAUCACCAAGUAGCAAGUAUGGCUUCGUGCAUAAUACAACGUCUACAAAGAUCGCUAUUUACCGCCCUACCAAGGCCGACGAGGGGACAUACAGAUGCGUGGCAAUAGAUACAAGCAAUGUUGUGUUUGUAGCCCAAGCUCAACUUACCGUCAAGACUGAGAUAGAAGAAUCCAGUCCAAAGUUUGAUGGUACUUUACCUCCCUCAAUGGUCGCCUUCCUGGGAAAAUCAGCCAAGAUCACCUGCCCUCGCGCGAGAGGGGCGUUAACCUACACGUGGUACCACAACGCCGUCCCAGUCUCACCUGAUCACAGGGUCUCAGUCACGAGUAAUGGCAGCCUGUUGAUCAAAGAUGUCAUGAGGCCUGAUAACGGGAUAUAUCAGGUUUUUGCAGAGAAUUCGUUCGGAAAGAGCAGUGCGGAGCCUGUAUACUUACUCGUCUCAGAGCUUAAUGUAAUAAGCACAACGUCUACAUCGCCAUCGCCAUUGCCAUCACCAUCACCUACGUCAAUAACACCACCUGCAUCAGUAACUCUGCCAAACUCAACGAAUUCCAUUCAACCAACAACGGUUGCCAAGGAGCAGCCGUCAUCAAGGGAACCAUUCACAGAACCCAAUACAAGGUUACCCAGUUCCAAGAAGGUUGAGCCCUGGAAAAAUAUACCAGGCAGCAAAUAUUUCCCCGGAAGAGACGGGUCAACAGAAAGUGCUGGACUUGGUGCGAAAAUGGAGCAGAGCAGGACGGAAAGAUGGAGGACGAUUGCCUUGGUCUGCCUGGUAACUAUUGGCCUUGUGGUGCUUGGUCUUAUAGUUCUGUUUACUUAUUAUAAAAGAAAAAACUUGCUCAAACUUCCAAGCGUAUCGUUCUCGAAGAACACCAGGCGUCUCUCGCACAGUGAAAGCACCACACCGGACUACGAUCUACGACUCGACAGCAAGAACCCUCUUUACGGGGACAGUCGGACAAACAGAGAAGAAAGAUUUGAAAGCAAUGUAUACGUGUCAAUUCACGAUGACUCAAACCCACUGUACAGCGGUUUUUGCCCUAACAGGCAAGAACCGAAUAGUUCCAAAAAUCCAAUGUACAGCGGUACACACCAUGAUAGGCAAGACCCGGAUAGUGGCAAAAAUCAUCUGUACAGCGGUAUACACCAUAACAGGCAAGAGCCGAAUAGUUCCAAAAAUCCCCUGUACAGCGGUACACACCAUGAUAGGGAAGACCCGGAUAGUUGCAAAAAUCAUCUGUACAGCGGUAUACACCCUGACAGGCAAUAUCAUGAUGUUGACAAAACUCAUCUAUACAGCAGUAUAUACCUUGAUAGUCAAGACCCGCACAAGGACAAGAAUCAUCCGUACAGCGGUAUACAUCCUGACGGUUCCGGUGCGUUCCCGUCACGUACUUCAACGAGAGAAACUUCGACGACAAGCAACAUUUACGAGCCUGUGGCCAGCCUAGAAAUACUGGAGGCAUCAAAUGGCAUACAAGGAACAUCAUGUGACCUUCAGGGAGCAUCACAUGACAACACAGCCAUGGAGUGUGACAAGGAGACCGAAUGAAGAGGAGAGGGCUUGGGGAGAACAGACAAUCUUUUCCUUUCUCGUUUUUAAGAAAAUAAUUGACUUAGCAAAACUAACAAAAAAAAAAUAGAGAUGAAAACCUUAUUUUCAUAAACACAUAAAUAUUCAUAAGUAAGGCUUAAGGCAUACGUCGAAACUAACAUGAACCAAAUCAAUCUAAUAAUUGGUGCGUGUCCGAGUCGACCUUAUUUACAAGUGGCGACACACUACGAGCCUAUAAUAUUUUCUAGGAGAUAAUACCUUUAAAGUAUUUUUUUCAUACCUUCUUGAAAUUUGCACGUAAUAAUUCAUAUCCAGUGAAAUAAUUCAUAUCCAGUUACUGUUAGGAUUUUAUUAUUGCCUCAGAACAAAAGAACACUAUGAAUAUGCACAAAAAAUGAAUGCUGCUGGGCUCAGCUAGAAACACAUAUAAUUGCCGACUAGUAUUUCCAAUACUCAUCAAAAAAAUUUAAAACAGCACAUUUGUUGCAAAUCGACAAUUCGCAUUUCAGGGACGUAUUUUGUCUUCAAAGCAGGACCAGCAUUUUUAUGUUGACUUCUGUAAAAUUCGCCAUUUUGUUGAACAGUACGUGAAGCGCAUGCUCUGUCAGUGGGGAUCCGGCUUUUUUGUAAAUGAGAGGGCGUACUUGCAGAUUUGUAAAGGUUUGAAUUUGAAUCAAUUAUUUUUCUCAUUUGCAUAAUGUUCUUAUUCGGUUCAAGUUCCGUUCGACGUAUGCCGGCAACCCGCGCCACAUACGAUCCGAUUCGACUCGGCGACUCGAACUUGAAUCUAUUUAUAACAGUUGAACCAAUUCGCGGCAAACGUCGUACCGUUCAUGUACCUAUAUCCAAAACAAUAGGUUCGACUGAAUUAGGUUCAUGUUAGGUUCGACCUGUGCCUUUAGCCUUAGAUACAAUAAAUAUAAAAAAAUAAACUUAAGAUAUUAUACAAAUACACUUAGCACAUGGACA